AUGAAAGCCCAAAUAGAGCAUGUGUCGCUAGAUUUUAUCAAGGAGAUUAACAACAACAUAUGUUCGCUACAGAUACAGAAUAAUAUUAUGUGCUUUGCCUUAAAAAGUGGACAGUUGUUUAUAAUAAAUUUAUCUGAUCCUUCCAAUGUAGUCAAGUUUCAAAUUCCAUUGAUAAAUCUGAACCAGGAGAGAUUGUUGCAUAUUUGGAUGAAUACCGCUGGUACAAGAGUUUUAGUAAAAACGAAUUUUGCAAAAUAUUAUAUGUGUAAUCUGACUCUUAUCAUAAAGUUUGGACAUGUUGCUGCAACCCAGUACAAAGAACAACAGUUUUUUGCUUUGAAGAAAUUGAAUAGAAAGGAUUGUGAUAUUAUUAGUGUUGAUUGGUCUUUUGAUCAGUUGCAGAUGUUGGUGGGAACUAGGCAAGGAAAAGCGUACUAUUUGGAUUUAAGACAGGGAGAUCCGUCGCCUACAAGAGUUUAUCUUAGCCAAUCGCCUAUUGACGGUAUACUUUGGUCCAAAACAGGAGGUGCCAUAAUUGUUGCUGGAAGCCAUAUUCUAUACUGGGCGCCGUGCAACUCGGGUGUUGUCGCAACAUUUACCAAGCAUCCUCCUACGGAGCAGGAAGACUUUGAAGCUUUGGACAAGGAAUCUAGUAUUAAGUUUACCGCUUACAAGGAUUCAUUUGCAUGGGUAACACGAGCUGGGAUUGUGUUUGGCAGUAUACAUCAAAAAGGUCGUUUGUUGUCCUCAUCCAAAAUGCUAUUAAGUGUGGAGCUUCCUCCAUCAAGGAACCGAAUAAAGGAUGUUGUCUUAACAGAUUAUUACAUUAUAAUCCUAAGGGGUUCAGAACUUCUCAUCGUCAACCAAUUGAACAAUAAGGUAGUAUUUCAAGAGGUACUAUUCAGUAAGGAAGACGAAAAGAUGCUGUAUUUAUGCGCUGAUUACUCACAAGACCCUGCCACGUUUUGGUGCCACUCAACUGAGAAUGUUUACGAGAUAGUAAUUGAAAAGCAUAUGGAAGGAAUUUGGCAGUUGCUCUGUGUUAAUGGCCAGUUUGAGACUGCAUUAAAUUUAAGUGGUUUAUCACAAUUGGAAAGUGAUUACAUCAGAGAAAGAUAUGCUGACUCGUUGUAUUCUGAGGGUAAAUGGUUAGAAGCUGCUGAAAGAUACGGUGCAGUUAAAACUGGUUCCUCAGUGGGUUCGCUGGCGUUGAAGUUUAUGAAAUUCGACGAUUUGCAGUACUUGCAAACCUUCUUGAUAACCAAGUUCAAGACGAUUGUAAACCAAUCAAACCAAACUCAAAUUUUCAUUUUAUCUUCUUGGAUUAUAUGGAACUUCAUGAACCAGUUAAACCAGGCAGAAGAAUCCAUCAACGAAGAAAGUAAUGAUACAAAAUUAGAGGAUCUAAAGGUGAUCAAGGAGAAAUUGGAAAAGGAUUAUCAACUUUUUGUACAAGAAAACUUGGACAAAUUGGAUAGAGAAACUGUUUAUCAACUUAUUUCACAACAAAAUAGAAAAAGUGAACUACUAUUCUUUGCCAAUAUGAUUGAAGAUUACCAAUAUGUGCUAAGUUAUUGGAUCAGAUCAGAUAACUGGUACGAAUCUCUGAAAGUAUUGGUGACACUACAGGAUGCUGAAUCUGUGUACAAAUAUGGGACCAUAUUACUGAUAAACGCACCCGAUGCAGCUGUCAAUACAUGGGUCCAAAUUCCGAACGUUGAUCCAGUUGAAUUAAUCCCUUCCAUGCUUGCAUACUUCAACCAUUACCAAGAGCAACAACGGUUAUCUCAUAGGCCUUUGCCGAAUUACGCCUUGGUAUAUUUAAAAUGGUGCAUUAAAGAACAUGAUUCUCAGGAUAGCCUCAUUCAUAACACUGCUAUAUAUAUGCUUUUGGUAUCGAUGGAUACAGACGAUCUAGAAGGCGAACAAGAAGUAAUCAAAUUUAUGAGUGAUUAUGCUUCGAAAUUUGAUCACAAUUUUAUAUUAAGAUUGAGUUUGAAAUUUCGCAGAUAUUCUGUUGCCAUUUAUAUCUACUCCGAAUUGAAGUUGUACGAUAAUGCAGUGGAUUUGGCCUUGUCAAAUGGAAUGAUAACCUCUGCAAAGAUAAUUGUCGGCUCCUUGGAGUCCGAAGACACGUACACACUAAAGAAAUUAUGGUUAAAGAUAGCUCGUGUUAUGAUUCAUGAAGAUAAAGAUAUGAAGGAAUCCAUCAGGACUAUAAUUGAAGAUUCCAAUAAAAUUCUAUCUAUCAAAGAUUUGUUGCCCUUAUUCAACGAACUAACUACAAUUGCAAACUUGAAGGAAGAAUUAAUAAGAAGUCUCGAAAAACAUCGGUCGUCCAUGUCACAUAUUUUUGAAGAGAUCAACGGCUCAAUUAAGAUUAAAAAAGAAAUAAAGCAGGAUAUCGAACUAUUUAACAAACGACACCAAUCAUUGAGGCCUGGGGUAUCAUGCGACAUCUGCGAAAAAUUGUUGCCCACUAGAAAGUUUUUUGUUUUUCCAUGUGGACAUAACUUCCACACAGAUUGUAUGAUUAAAGAGAUUAUCAAGUCAAAUGAAUUCAAUAUGAGAAGCCAAAUAGAGUCCUAUCAACGCAGGUUGGCUCGUCAUGGGAAGCAGUCCGUCAAUGUCCGAGAACUGGAUAGCUUACUGUCUACCAAGUGCUGCUUGUGCAGUGAUAUAAAAAUCAAUACAAUUGAUGAGCCAUUACAAGAAGAGGAUGAUAAGGAAAAUGAAUUGGCUUGGGAACUAUGA